AUGACGGAACUUGUUGGGAAUCGGCGGCCUGUGAAAGUCCCAGAUCUUGUCCAGAUGUUGAAGAAAAACCCUGAUUGGCCGUCAUUGAAGAAAAUCAGUGUCGCCUUAAUUGUUAUUGUGGAGGGAGUAGUCGUCGUUAACUUCCAACUCAGUUUGGUGAAUGAGAACGUUGUUGAAAUAUGUCAGGAUAUUGACUUUUUCCUUGAGUAUCCUUGGGGUCGUCAUGUAUUCAAGCAUACUCUUCAUGAAAUUGUUAAAGAUAAGUCUGACGGAUCCCUCAUAACGUUGUUUGGGAGGCUAAAACAAUCUUCCGUAGCCAUGCAUGGAUUCCCUUUAUCGAUUCAACUACUUACCUACGAGACUAUAUCUGGUUUAGAUCAAAUACACGGGGAGUCCGGCGAUGAAGUCGAUUUUCUAGAAAUUAAGUUUGCUGCUGUGAUAAAGGAGAAGCCAAUUCUGUUGGUGUGA